UGUACGCAUCUUGAUAACAUCUAGGCUUUGAAUUGUGGAAGUCUAUUGAAAUUAGUAGUUUAACAGGCUGUAGGUAUGGAACACCAGUGAUUCUUCUAUAUAAUUGGCAUUCAGCUUUAAUUUUUUUUGGUCCUCUUAAGUACUUUGUAUGUACAGUACUUAAAGUUAACAGGCGUUUUGACAGGUUUUCUGUUUUCCACCAUUUGUUUGUGGAAAUGUGUCUUGUGCAGAAGUUACUGUGUUUACUCAUGGAUAACAUGCAGUUUUUCAAAAUUAUUCAUUCUUAAAAUUAUGUUACAUAUAAAAUAUAUAUUUAAAGCAGGGAAGGAAGUAGCUCUUUCUUUUUUCAAUACAGUAGAAUGUUAUCAAAUACAAUUUUAAAGUUGAUAUUUAUUUGUCAGUAAUUUGCAGUUUCAUUUAGAUUUAAUGCUAACUCUGCCUUCCUGAUCGUCAAGACAGCUCGUAGUACUUUUUUUUUUUACCCAUAUUUCAUUUAUUUUGAAGCUUGUACAUGAAUACUUGAUUUUUAAUGAAAGAGCACAGAAGAUUGUUUCUGUCAGUGGCAUCACAGGAUGUGCUAUUCCAAACUACUCCAUUAUGUCUUGCUCUCUAUGAGCAUGAGCUCUCAGGUCUUAUUAUUUCUGCAUAUACCUACAAUUACUCUCUAAUUUCUGUAGUGCCUUUUAUAAUUUAAUUACUAAUACAUGUUGCACUUCUAAUUGAAUAUUGGUAAUACUAUCAUUCUGUUAUAUUUUUUAAAUUCAUCUGCAUGGUUGUUGUAAUACAUGCUGUACUUCGUAUUUCUCAUGGAGACUUCAAAGAAGUCCUUUUAGUCUGAAUUUACGUGUAUGCAGUGAUUCGUGCCAGCCUCGCAAUGAAUGUGAUUAAUAUCACAUCGGUACUCUGUUGGAGUCAUUCACCUGGUUAACAACUGUGCUCAGUAAUUGCAAGUAUGGUUCCUCAUUGUGUUCAUAUCUGUUAUUAUUUAUAUUACCACUACAUAUGACCUAUAAGAAAUGUGUAAACAUCAUUUGUUGCAGAACCAGUCAGGAAUUCCAUAGAUGACAUAAAUAGGGGAAUAUUUAUCUGAGAGUGAAUUUGCCCAAUAUGUGUUUUAUGCUUUGCUUCUUUUAUACGUUUUUGUUUACCUGGUUUUAUCUUCCGAAUUGAUUUUAUUGGUAAGGAGUUUAAUUUUCUCUCAGUGUUUAAUCUUUCACAGUUUAUCUUGUCCUUGUGCAAUAGAGCCAUUAGUUCAGGUGGAAAUGUGUUUCAUUUUCAUCACUAUGGAGUAGCAGAUUAAGCAUAACUGACAGUACAGUUUUUAGAAACAAAUGGUAGAAAUAUGUUCAUUGUUAAGUUUUGAUGAAUUGCGAUUUUCAGUUUUAUCUCUAUAUGAAUUAAAAUUGUUUCGGUUUGUUAAAUAAGACAUUGAGAAAGCUUAGAGAAAUACUUUCACAUGAAUUUCUUGAUUGAUUACCGACCACUUUGCCACCUGUGAAAAUGUUGUGGUAGAAAUUUCAUGCUUAAUUUCCUUUAUCAAAUUUCCAGUACCUGAAUGGUUACAAACAUAACCUCAUUGAAGUGUACAAUGUCUCUCUUCCUUUCUUUAGCAAUACAAAGUGGACUGAAAGAUACAAAUAGACACUUCCAUUCUCAUGUAACUAGAAAUGAUACAUGAAGAUCACUUUCAUCUGUUGGUGUCUGUGCAUUUGAUGUAUCAGCCAUGGUCAUUGUCUUCCAUCACAAUCCUGUUUGAAGCUCCUACAGUUCUCAACAUUGUUUUACCCAAACAAGCAUUAUUUAGUACAUAAAUUACUAUUCUACCACUUAGAGUAUUGUGAUUGAUUUGAGUGAAGAGGAAAUUUAUAACCUCAUUCAAAGCUAAUCAAACUUGCUGCUUUGGAAUUUGACUUGUACAGUAGAUUAGUGUUCAUGUAGUGUACAGUAGUCAUUUAAGUGUACAUUAUAUCUUUCUUGAUCCAAAAUUUAAACAUCUUACAAGUUACUAAAAUAAGUAAAUAAAAUAGACACACAUAAACUCCAUGGAUUCCUUAAUAAAUUAUGUGAUGGAUUUUGAAUUAAUAUUAAACAAGUCAUAUGUGAGUAUAUGAAUGAUUAAUUAAAUACCAUGCCACAAUAAGAAUGAAGCAAGACCCAUUGUUAUUCCUCUAUGUUAAUCUUCAGUUAAUGAUGAAUAUUAAAUCUUCAUUUAAUAAUCAUUAGACUAUUAAAUACAGUAUGAUGAUUUUAAAAUAUAACAUAUAAUGCAGGAAAGAAUGAAUGUUUCAUUUAUGAUGCACAGAAAAUUUACCGAAUACUGUUUAAAUGUCCUUAUAAAUGAGUAAAUGUCUGUUACAAGGAGGUAGAAAUUUUGGUUUUUUAAAGAGGAAAGUGUAGCCAAUAUGUAACAGGCACUUAAUGUGAAGCUGUCAUAUUCAAGUGAUAUGGUAUUCAUGGUGAGUACAUAAAUACAAAUGUUACCUGAGAUGUUAAUAACAAAUUUAUCAGUUGUGUACCUAUUUACUUAUGGAUCAAAGGUUUCCUGUGAUGCAUAACAAUAAACAGAAUUGAAACUUGUAGUUAAAUUCAUUACAAAGAACUUCUGAAAAUUUGUUCUUCUUUUCUAAAGCAUAUUUCAUAAAGUAUAUCAACCAAUUCCCGUAUUAUUCUGCAUUAACUCUGGACUAAAAAAAUUUCUAUAAAUAUAUUAUAUUAAUUUGUUAAUUAGCAUUAGUUGAAAUUUUGUUGGUAAAAAAGGGUUCAGGUUUCUUUCAUUCUUUGCAAUAAUUUGAUGUUCUUUUCAGUAGCGCAUUGACAUACUACCUCCGUUAGAUUUAUUUUAUACUUCUCUUGCAUUGCUUAUAAAAUGUAUUUUCGUGUGUUAGUUUGCAAGUAAUUGUGAUCACAGAUGUUUUAUGCAAUUUGUAGUAUUGGCCUGUUAUUGUUUUGUGAUCGUGUAACAUACAGCGGAGUCCUUCCUGAGAACCUGAUUUUAAUCCUGAACUAAUUUAAGAUAUUCCUUGCCUGUGAAGGGACUCCUGACAUUUAUGAUGGUGAAGUGGGAAAUAUUUCUGUUUGUGAGUUUAGCAGUGAUAUUUUUGUCAUAUACAGGCUCAGAUUCAGGCAGUUCUGUUAAUCUGUUAACAAACAAGCUCAACAGUUUGCGGAAGUGAGAACUUUGGUCUGCCACGCACAUUAGAACAUCCAAGCAAAGCUGUAGAUAGCUUGAGAUAAUAAUGAAACUGUUUAUAUGCAGAUGAUUUUGUGUGUUAUAAAGUGUUUUGAAAAAAAAAUUACUUGCAUUACUUUGUGUUCAGAAAUCAUGAAAGCAGACUAAAAUAUAAUGCUCUUGGCUGCAAGUUGUUUUUUUUUUUUAAAAAAAAAUUGAAAUUCUAGUGAGGAAAUGGUUCUUUCGUGAAGGAAACUCAUUCUAAUGCAGUUUAAAAUUAAUAUGGAUUACAGUUUAUAACAUGAACAGAAUCUGUGUUAUUUCAUGAAUCUGCCCAUUGUACUUCUUAUAUCUUGAACAGGUGAGAAGUAAAUUAAGAAUAAAAGUUUUGUCAUAGAAAUAUUACAGAGAUCUUGACUUUGAAAGAUUGUUUUUUGACAUUGUAUGUUAUGUCAUACAGACAGUGCAGAAGGCAAAAGUGUUACAGGAAAGAAGAAAUAUACAUUCUUUGAGAAUGUAAGUCAGAAAAGUAAGUGAUAAUUGCCACAUCUCCUGUACAACAUACCAUAGUCAUAUUCCAGGGAUGAUGCUUCUGAAAUUUUAGAGAAGAGAAAUUGGGAAAACUUAUAAUGUUGUGUUGUUAAAGGAACACACCUUCCUAUCUGUUAUUCUGGUAGGGAAAUUUUAGGAAGAUGUGUUCACAUAUCAUUUGUUUGACAGAGUGUUUCAGUCAAAAUUUCUUUGCAGUGAUUGUAUUAAGGAGGGAUGUUUCUUUAUAAUUAACCAGCACCAGUCACAGUAGACUACACUCAUAAUUUUGUAGUGGGUUACAAGUAUGGUGUUGAUAAACUUGGAUAUGUGUUGAAAUUAUGUACAAACUGAUAAGUUUGGCUCAUGCAGAAGCUGUGGAAUGUGCUUAAAGUGGAAUCUGAUGUUAUAUUCAUGGCAUUUUAUACUGAAUGUACGUGUUCAGCAACGAAAUAAUGCGAUCAACUGUGGAAUGUGUGCUCGGGAUAAGGACCAGUGGUGGGAUCUUGUGAACAUGGUAAUGAGUCUUCGUUUUCCACAAAAUGUUGGGAAUUUGUUGAGUGGCUGGGCGACUGUUGGCUUCUCAAGAAGGACUCUGCUUCAUUGUGAAAGCAGAAUAAAUGUGAGGAGAAACAUCUGUUACUGCGUGCUCCUGAUGGCGCCUGCGAUACAUACUUCUUCAUUCUCUUGACGCUUUCCAAUAUCUCACCCCAUCACUCCGCUCGGAGAUGAGUUCUGUUGUGUGCAACCGCGCGUUGUGGACUCCGGUCAAGACGUUCCAGCGGCUGUUCAGAGUACCUAGAAUGGGCAGCUUCACGUCUGCGCCGAAGAUCCUGAACGAGGACACGCAGGAUGCGGAUGUUGUGCUGCCGACGAGCCUCAGCAGGGACGAGCUGUUGCAGCAUUGCCAUCAGCAGCUGGAGAACCUGCCGUCCCUCGUGAAAAGGUCUUUCAGGCGGCUGGUCCAGCAGUUCGGCGACACCGCCGACGGGCUGAGGGUGUUGCAAUGGAAUGUCCUGUCGAGAGUUUGCGGCGAAGCAACGUCUAGUCCUUACCACAUUCGAGUGUUGCAGUGGAAUCUUCUUUCGCAAGCCCUAGGUCAGAUGAACGACAACUUUGUGUGUUGUCCGGACGCAGCCUUGGAGUGGCGGUUCAGGCGGUACCACAUCAUCGAGGAGAUCGUCGAAUACUGCCCAGACAUCGUUUGCCUUCAGGAAGUGGAUCACUUCAACUUUCUAAAAACCGUGCUGGGUACGCAGGGCUACAACGGGAUGUUCUUCCCGAAGCCCGAUUCUCCAUGCCUCUACAUAAAGGGAAACAAUGGUCCAGAUGGCUGCGCUAUCUUCUUCAGGGAGGAAAAGUUUGAGCUGCUGAAGACUGAGACGCGCGUCCUUGAGGUCUGGAGAGUACAGAGCAACCAGGUUGCGGUGAUAAUGCUGCUGAGGGUCAGAGAGACGGACCAGGAGCUGUGUGUGGCUACGACGCACCUCAAAGCGCGCAAUGGAGCUCUGUUGUCCACUCUGCGCAACGAACAGGGCAAGGACCUCCUCGACUUCGUGACGGCGCACUCCGGCGGCCGUCCCGUCAUCAUCUGCGGAGAUUUCAACGCAGAACCCAGCGAACCUGUGUACGUGACCUUACUGGGCUGCCAGGCCCUGCGCCUAGGUAGUGCGUAUGCGUCCACGGGUGACGGCCCCGAGGAUGCACUCAGAGAACCGCCUUAUACCACGUGGAAGAUCCGAGAGGAGGGAGAAGUGUGUCAUACGAUCGAUUAUGUGUUCUACUCUACAGACGGUUUGGCCGUCGAGGCUGUACUAGACUUUCCCACGGGGGAGGAAAUUGGGGAAGGCAGAGUCCCCUCCUUCAGCUACCCUUCUGACCAUUUCUCACUCGUGUGUGACUUCCGAUUUAAAAAUGCUAGUGAAGUAGUCUCGUGAGGAGCGAAGUUGAAUCUCAGCUGUUGUUUGCUUAUAUAUUAUACUGUAAAGAAUGUUAACGUUGUACAUAUUUAUAUACGUGUUCAAUAAAAGUCACUGUUUAUCUGUUAAA